AUGGCAGGCAAAAAGGUCGCGAUCGUGACGGGCGGUGGUAAGCAUUCCAGACAGACGGUAUGCCUGCUCGUGCUGAUGGAGUUGCUUAGCCAGUGGCAUGGGCCUAGCUGUGGUACAGGCCCUUGCAUCUCGGGAUAACUGGCGUGUCCAUGCGGUCGACGUGAGCGACAAACGACUUGUGGACGUCGAACAAACGUCCAAGAACAUCAGCUCCCACAAGGCCGACGUUACCAGCUAUGAGCAGUUGGCGGCUGUGUUCCACGAGGUCUUCUCAAGAGACGGUAGCGUUGACUUUGUCUUCGCCAAUGCCGGCCUCAUUGAAUCGCAGGACUUCUACAAAGUCCAACGAACCGACCCGCCUCCACCUCCAGAUUUGCGUUCUGUCGAUGUAGACCUGAGCGGUCUGAUCUUGACGUGCUAUCUGGCGCAGCAUUACUUCCGUCGCAGCCCACAUGGAGGUCAGGGUGCAAGUCUGAUUUUGACUGGAAGUUGUGGAUCUUUCUAUCCGAGCCAUUACAGCCCGAUGUACACGGCUGCGAAGCGUAAGCCCAUCCGAGAUCGUAUGAAGAGGGUAUUCUGACCCAAUUCUCUCUAGACGGCGUCCUCGGAUUUGGCCGUGCAACGGCCAAGCGACUAUCUCAGGAAGGCAUUAGAGUGAACAUGAUAUGCCCUGGUAUAGUCGAGACAAACUUGACAGGCGAAGGCGGAUGGGCUGGAUUUCCACCAGGAUUGUUCACUCCAGUCGAAAAUGUCUCCAACACGGUGUUGCAUCUAGUCGACGGAGAGAAAGACCUUGUGGACGCCAACGGCUCGAAGGUGCCUGCAGAUCAGCUGUAUGGUCUGUCUGUUGAGAUUAAUCUGGACCGCAUUUACAUUCGAACCAUCCCAGAGUUCUGCGAUGAUGCCAUGCGGGGAAUCAUGGAGGCGACUGAUCCAGAGAAGCAGAAGGGAGCGGUCAUAAAAGACUAUGACUAA